CAAGUUUCAACUUUUGUUUAUCUUGUGUCACAGUUGCACGGGUCCUUGAGGGGAUAAGUGAAACAUCAGUGGAAGGCAGGACAAGACAACGCAAUAUAAGAAUAAAUACAUUGUAAUUAAUAAUACGUAAGUAGUGUCAUAUGAGGAUGAGGUAGGUAUGGCAUAUACCACCUGGCAAAUUGACAACUAUAAAGUGUUGAACAAGUACAGGAAGUACAUUGAACAAUAAAAUAUUGUGUAAUGCAGGGUGGACAGGUACCUUGUGACUUGUAGCGCAAACAAUAAUAGUGGGGAAUGUGGAGCUUUGCAGGGGGAGGUGGCAUCGGGUUUGAUUCGCGUUGGAUGUGCCACAUUGUAAGCGGGACGUCAACAGCGCCGCGCACCGGCAGGCACGUUACCCUGCCGGUCCCAGCUGCCGCUCACCUGUUUCACUGCCUGUGACUGACUUUCACUGAUGUCGGUAAAAACAUUUAGAAAAAGUUGCGAAUUACGAGGCACUGUUGCAUAACCCUGCUAGCAGGCACGCCCACACGAUAUACAACCAGCUAAAUAUACACUUAACAAGUUAUAUUUUUUUUGUAGCAAACUUCCCCACCCCUCCGCCGAGCCGAUUGAACUCUGCUCCUCAACAGGCGCUCAAGCGCGGACUGUACCAUUUUCCCGGUGGGCGGGGGGGGGACGCCGCUCACACAAGUCACCAAGUCCCGCCUCAGCACGGAGCGAUUAAAAAAUGUGAGGAUAUAAAAUGUAGGACCAGGACAGGUAACCGUAUCGCACGGGAGCCUGGUCGCAAAGCAUCGGCUGUUCUGGGCUGGCUUGUCAGGUGUGCGUCCUGCUGUCAUUCGAAGCGCCGAUCCGGACUGUCCAGGCGUUCAGAACCACGUCGGUGCCGGGCGGGAGCUCAGUGCAGCCAUGGCUGGGGACGGGGCGGAGCAGCGCGCUCUACAGUACGAGCAGACUUUGAUGUAUGGCAGGUACACGCAGGAGCUGGGCGUGUACGCCAAAGAGGAGGCAGCACGUCUGCGGGACGAGGGGGGCCUCCGGCGCUCCGUCAGCGAGAGGAGCCGUUCUAUCGAGCUGCUGGAGUACGACAAGGGCCACUGUGCUAAGUGCAGAAGGUUUCCCUACAUCCUGGAGCCUCCGCCUCAGGACUUUAUCUCUGUCUGCACUGUCCGUUGUCAGAAGUUCCUCAUCUCACGUGUGGGCGAAGACUGGAUCUUCCUCAUCCUGCUCGGCCUUCUCAUGGCGUUGGUCAGCUGGGUCAUGGACUUCGCCAUCGCCAUGUGCCUUCAAGCACAAAAGUGGAUGUAUGGAGGGCUGGAUAGCAACGUGCUCCUGCAGUACCUGGCAUGGGUCACCUACCCUGUGGUCCUCAUCACAUUCUCCGCUGGGUUCACACAGAUCCUCGCGCCACAGGCUGUGGGUUCAGGGAUCCCGGAGAUGAAGACCAUCCUCCGGGGUGUGGUCCUCAAAGAAUACCUCACCUUCAAGACCUUCGUGGCCAAAGUCAUUGGUCUGACGUGCGCGCUGGGCAGCGGGAUGCCCCUGGGAAAAGAGGGUCCGUUCGUCCACAUCGCCAGUCUGUGUGCAGCCCUGCUGAGCAAGUUCAUGUCGCUGUUCGGUGGGAUCUAUGAGGAGCAGACCGUCAUAGGAAAUAAGAACGAGUCUCGGAACAUCGAGAUGCUGGCCGCCGCCUGCGCUGUGGGCGUGGGGUGCUGCUUCGCCGCGCCCAUCGGAGGCGUCCUCUUCAGCAUCGAGGUCACGUCCACUUUCUUCGCUGUGAGGAACUACUGGAGAGGCUUCUUCGCUGCCACCUUCAGUGCCUUCAUCUUCAGGGUGCUCGCCGUGUGGAACAGAGAUGAAGAGACCAUAACUGCUCUCUUCAAAACCCGCUUUCGGCUGGACUUCCCGUUUGACCUCCAAGAGCUCCCUGCCUUUGCUGUAAUCGGGAUUGCCAGUGGCUUUGGAGGUGCCCUGUUUGUCUACUUCAACCGGCUCAUAGUCCAGUUCAUCCGCAAGCAGAAAGCCAUCAACAAGUUCCUGAUGAAGAAGCGACUGCUGUACCCUGCCCUGGUCACUCUCCUUGUCUCCACUCUGACCUUUCCUCCUGGGUUUGGACAGUUUAUGGCUGGGAAGCUGACCCAGAAGGAGUCCCUAGUGACACUGCUGGACAACCGCACGUGGGCAAAGCAGGGCAUCGCGGAGGAGUUCGACUACAUGGGCCACUCGCAGGAAUGGAAGCACCCGCAGGUCAAUGUCUUCGUCACCCUGGUCCUCUUCAUCGUGAUGAAGUUCUGGAUGUCUGCUCUCGCUACCACUAUUCCCGUACCCUGUGGAGCCUUCAUGCCGGUCUUUGUCAUUGGUGCAGCAUUUGGCCGGCUGGUCGGCGAGAGCAUGGCCGCCUGGUUCCCCGACGGGAUCCACACCGACGGAACCAUCUACCCCAUCGUGCCUGGCGGUUACGCGGUAGUGGGUGCAGCGGCGCUGUCCGGCGCUGUCACACACACGGUGUCCACGGCGGUCAUCGUGUUCGAGCUCACGGGCCAGAUCUCGCACAUCCUGCCGGUGAUGAUCGCCGUGAUCCUGGCCAACGCUGUGGCGCAGAGCCUGCAGCCGUCGCUCUAUGACUCCAUCAUCCGCAUCAAGAAGCUGCCAUACCUGCCUGAGCUUGGCUGGGGACACCACGAGAAGUACAACAUCCGCGUAGAGGACAUCAUGGUGCGUGACGUGCGCUAUAUCACGCUUAACUGCUGCUACAGGGACCUUCAUGAGGUCCUGCUGACAGGACAGCUGAAGACCUUGGCGUUGGUGGAGUCCGCAGAUUCCAUGAUCCUGCUGGGCUCCAUCGAGCGUUCCCAGCUGCAGGCCCUCCUCUCCCAGCAGCUGGGCCGUCCGCGCAGGCUGGAGUUCCUGCGCCAGCGUUCCCUGUCUGCCAAGAAGAGCCAGGCGGUCGAGGAGCCCGUGCAGAAGGUCAACCAAGAGGUCCGCUUCCAGAUCUCCACGGAAGAGUCAUCCUUCAGCCCCUCGCACACCGCAUCCCAGAAGCCGCUGAAACCGGCUCUGAAGAGGUCAUCCGUGGUGGAGAGGAACAACGUGGAGACACCAGCCAGUCCCCAGGAAAACACCGGCAUGGCCCUGAAAAGCCUGUUCUGUGCUCACCCUGACGCCAACACCGCCGAGAGUAAUGAUGGGGCAGUGGCUUCUGAGAACAGGAAGCCCAAACAAGUCAGGAUCUCCGUUGUGGAUGACCUGGAUUUGGAGGACGAUAUGACCCUCCGAGAGAUCACUGAAUGGGAGGAGCAGCAGCUGGAUGAGCGGGUUAACUUCAACAACUGCAAGAUUGACCCCGCCCCUUUUCAGCUGGUGGAACGCACAUCACUGCAUAAGACCCACACCAUCUUCUCACUGCUGGGUCUGGACCACGCCUAUGUCACCAGCAUCGGCCGGCUCAUCGGGGUGGUCUCGCUGAAGGAGCUACGGAAAGCCAUCGAGGGCUCGGUGACCGUGAAGGGGGUGAAGGUGCGCCCCCCACUGGCCAGUUUCCGGGACAGCGGUACCAGCAGCAGCGAGACCGAGGCCACGGAACUGCACAAGCUAUGGGACCGGCACCGGAGCCUGACGCUUCCACGGGAGCAUCACCCGUCGGAUUCGGAGGACAAGUCGCAGUGAGGGGGACUGCGGUGGUGGGAGGGCUGGGAGGAGAACGUCAGCGCCAUGGUCUCUCUGAACUCCGUAAGCUCUCUGCCGGCUCCUCCACUCAGAGCUUCCCCAAAUCAGAAUCCGAUUCUGCUUCCACACUGACUGGACUUUCCUGCCCUGGGUGGGAAUGGAGGGACCAGGCGAAAGAAUAAGCCCAUGUCUCAGAGUCGCUGCUCUGGAGUGUGUGUGUGUGUGUGUGUGUGUGUGUGUGUGUGAGGGAGUGACAGAGAGAGAGUGUGUCUACCUCUGUGUAGGUGGUAGAGUGGGGGAAACGAUUUGCAUGAUGUCUGGAGUUUUAUUUGCGUCUUAACAGUAGAAAUGAUUUAUUUUUUAAACUACACUCUUCAUGUUGAGAAGAGUGCAUGAUGAACAUCUGGUCUUCUCACAGGAGGCUCUUCUCUGAACCUUGUCUUCCACAUCCUGGGGUUCAGUGGUACUUCCAGCCAACAUUCCUCUUUGCUCAUCUCACACCCAGUUUUCCGUUGCGG